AUGUCCAAAACAAGCACUGCAGCAGCAGCAGCAGCAGCCCAAGCAGCAGCGGCGGCAGCAGCAGCAGCAAAUGCAACAAAUGCCGCCGAUUUUAGUGCAUUCGAUUUUAACGAUAGUUCCGAUAAUUCCGAUACGCCUCUAGUGCCACGCCCACCCUUUUUGAGUCGUGCCGCUGCAGCGGCAGCAGCAGCAGCGGCGGCAGCAGCUGCAGCGGCCGCAUUAAGCAGCAGCAACAAUAGCAACAAUUCGGCAUCAUCGGCGGCAACGGGCGGUAAUGUUAAUGCCACAAGCAACAACAACACCAACAACAACAACAACAAUAGCGGCAGCAGCAACAACAACAACAACAACAAUUGCGGUCGCAGCAGCAGUCGCAGCAGCAGCAGUUCGCAAAGUUCCCUCGACGAAGAAGAAGAAGACGAUGAGGAAGAGGAAGAAGUGCAACAGCAGCAACAGCAGCAACAACAACAACAACAAUUGGCCGCCGAGCAGCAACAGAGAGCUGCAGCAGCAGCAGCAGUUGUUGCUGCAGCAGUUAAUGCAUUGCAUAACGGUAACAAGCAACAGCAACAACAACAGCAGCAGCAACAGCAGCAACACUACAACAAUAACAACACCAACAACAACAACAAUAACAAGUUAAGAUUAAGCGAAGAACCGCAGCAGCAGCAGCAUCAUGACGACGAUGAUGAAGAUGAUUAUGAUGAUGAUGAGGAGGACGAGGAUGAUGAGGAUCAUCAUCAUCAUCAUCAUCAGGAUCAGGGUAAUGGACACGAUCUAACACCCGAAGAUCUGCGGCACAUGAUACACGAUCCCCAGCAGCAGCAGCAGCAGCAGCAACAGUCGCAGCAGCAGCAACAGGAUCCCAUCGACUACGAGGACGAUGACGAUGCCGAUGAGGAUGAGGAUGACGAGGAGGAGGAGGAUGAGGCGGCCAGCAGCCGGGCCACCCUCUCCUCGGCCCACAUGAACAGCUCGGCGGCGGCCGAAAGUGGCGGCCUUCAUAUGAGCGCCGUAGCAGCUGCAGCAGCGGCGGCAGCAGCAGCAGCAGCAGCGGCCGCUGCCGCCAAACUGAAUGCCCAGCUGGAGCAGCAACAGAACGUCACGGCAGCAGCAGCAGCGGCGGCGGCGGCAGCGGCAGCAGCAACAUCGAUCCCCCCACCACCGCCCAGCAGUCUCCUGGGCGGCAACAGCAACACCAGCUUCUCGACGCAGAACAGCAACCAUGGCGGGGGCGGCAAUGAUCUGGGGGGCGGUAGUUCGAGGGGCGGUUCAUCGCUGGGCGGGAUGGGCGGUGGCGGUGGCAGUGGCUCGCAUCUGACCUCAUCGCAGCAGCAGCAGCAGCAGCAACAUCACCAACAGCAGCAACAUCACCAGCAACAGCACUCGCACAACCAGCAGCAGCACUCGCAACAGCAGCAGCACCAGAGCGGGGGCAGCGGCGGCAGCAGCAGUGCGGCAAGCGAGAGGAGGAAGUACCGCCAUCAGAACUACAGCAAGAACAUCUACAUCGGCACCAAGAACGCCGAGAAGUGGGAGCACAUGAGGACUCGGCUGCAGUUCAAGAACGACGUCGAGUUCGUGGCCUAUCUCCUCAAUUUGGCGGACAACGAUACGGAUCGUUUGAAUAACCUGCCCCCACCCUCACCCGCGCACACCCCCACCAAGGGCUUCGACGGCAACUUCAAGCUGGAACCGAAUCUCAGCGCCAAGGACUUUGCCCCGCCCCCCGACACCGCCUCCCUCAACGGGAACGGCAACGGCGACUCCCUGCCCCUGGCCACGCCCACGCCGCCCCAACGCAAGCGGUACAAGAAACGCGUUCAAUUCACCUCCGACGCCCUCAACGGCUACGCCCCCAAAGGUGGCAAGGGGGCAAGUUCGGGGGCAGGGGGUGGCGGUGGCGCCUCCGGUUACAGUUAUGCCAAGUCGAAGAAGCAGGAGGCAAAGGCGGCGGCAGCGGCCCUCAAAGCCGGAGCAGCAGCAGCGGCGGCGGCAGCGGCAGCGGCAUCGACGGCCCUGCCGGAAGUCCUGGACUGCCGGAUCGCCGAGAAGAUCAAGAGCGAACUGGAGGCGAACAGCAAGGAGUCGCUGCCGAAUGCCCUCUGCCUCAAAAAGGCGGCAGCAGCGGCGGCGGCGGCGGCAGCGGCAGCGGCCAACGGCAGCGACGACGACGACGACGAGGAGCAUCCGCACUUGGCCGGAAUGGCGGGCGCUUUAGCCGGAAACGGAAAUGGCAAUGGCAAUGGUAAUGGCAACAUGGCCGUAGAUACCAUCGAUGGCAUGGCCACCAGUAAUGGCAACUUCCACAGUCGCAGCUCCAAGUCCUCCUCCGGCGGCAAAAAAUCCCAAUCCGCCAAGGCAGCAGCAGCAGCAGCAGCAGCAGCAGCUGCGGCAGCCGCAAUGAUGCCACCAAAUUCCUACGACGAGCACGAGGACGAAACCGGCGUCGGUCUCGGCAUGCCAGGACAUCCGGGCGGCAACAAUAACGACGACGACGAUGAUGAUGACGAGGAACUGGACGAGGAGGCACUCGCCCGGGAAAUGAAAAUGGAACAGAACUUUGUCGAGGAGGAGGACGAACACGACAUCGCCUUCCGAUCCUGCCAGUCCUGUCGCGAAUGCUCCAUUACCCACGACCACAAGAUGUGCCCGUUGAGGAAUGCCUGCGGCAAUGUCACGGAUGCCGUCGACCUGGGCGAGUGGAUAGAGCGCCGGAAUCUGGAGGCACUCGCCAAACUUAAGGCGGAUGCCCAGCGGCAGGCGAAGCGGGCGAGCGGUAGGCAGCGGCACGAGGACGACGACAUGGAGGAUAUGGAGGACAUGGACAUGGACAUGGAUGAGUCCUCCCAACUCUCCGAGCUAGAGACCAAGCCCCUGAUCACGUUCGCCGAGGCCUCAGUGCCGGCGGAAUUCGAAUUGCAUAACGUUGAGCCGAAUGUGACCGGAGUCUUUGCCCGGACGGAGGUUAGGGCGUUUACGAAGCUGGGUCCUCUGAUCGGCCAGCCCGUCCAGACCGGGGAGGUGCGCGAGGGCAGCGACAUGAAGUGGAUCUUCGAGAUGUGCGAGGCGGGGGCGGACAAGUCCUAUCUGCUCUGCUGCGAUAAUCCCAAUGCCUCCAACUGGCUGCGGUUCGUCCGUCCAGCUCCCAGCUACGAGGACCGCAACGUCAACCUGGUCUCCAUUGACCGGCAGGCCUACUUUGUCAGCUGCCGGGAUCUGCGGAACGGCAUGGAGCUGCUCUACUGGAGCGACGACUGCAACACCAUGUGGCGUAAAAAGCACACAGAGAAGACAAAUUGCGGUGGCUGUAACCUGAAGUUCGAGCAUCCGCUGUACUACCGCACCCACUGCUCCGUCUUCCAUGAUCCGUCGAUGAGUCUGACCAUCCGGAAGUACCACUGUAAGGUUUGCGGCGAAGCGGUACUGGGCAAGGACAACAUCAUGAAGCAUGCGGCGGAGAAGCAUGAUGGGAAGGGUGCCUACCAGUGCCAGUUUUGUAGCAAGUUCUUCCUGCGGCUCAACUACCUGGAGAUGCAUCGGACCUACGGAUGUGCCUCGAAUCCGAAUCGUUCGCGUCCUGUUUGCGAUUUCUGUGGCCGGAAAUUCUGUCAGCCGCAGAAGCUGAAGGCCCACAUCAAACGGAUGCACAGCGAUAUGGCUGAAGUUUUACGAGAUUUUCAGUGUAAAUUAUGUUCAAAACUUCUAGGAUCGCGAGCGGCACUUCAACGCCACUCAAAGGAGGUGCACAGUCGCAAUUCGACGGUGGUGAGCUGUCCGCGUUGCCAGAAACUCUUCCAGAAUCGCAGCAAUCUCAAGAUCCAUAUGCUGACCCACUCUGGAGUCAGGCCAUUCAAAUGUGCUGAACCGGAAUGCAAUGCGGCCUUCACCACCAAACAGUGCCUGCAAUUUCAUUACAAGAAGGUCCAUAACUACACCCAGGAACAGAUGCCGAAGAUCGAGAGGAGCGUGGCGUACACGUUCGAUGCCUAUUCCGGUGGCAUGAAGGUCGAUUUUCUGGGUAAGCAGCAACCAGCAGCGACGGCGACGGCGCAGCCACGCCCUAAUCACGCCCACGCCGUCGUCUCCUCUCCCCUCUCCUCGUUCACAGAGCAAGCACCGCGCCGGAGGCGCAAGAGCCUCGAGGACCAGAGCUCAAUGCUGAGCGGAUCGCUCCAGAGCGACGCCGAAUUCAGUGACGACAACCUAUUCGAGGCGAUCAAGAAGAGCGGCAAGUCCAUCAAGGAUCUGUGCCGCAACGAGCCGAAUCUCUCGCUGCUCAGCUCCAAGAUAUCCAGCAUCUUUGGCGAUAAGGUGGUGCCUUCCUCAGCCGCUGCAGCGGCGGCGGCAGCAGCAGCAGCAGCAGCUUCUGCGGCAGCUGUCGCCGGUUCGGGCCGGAAGCGAAAGCGCAAGAAGGACACCAGUGCUGCAGCAGCGGCGGCAGCAGCAGCAGCUGCCGCCCAACAACAGCAGUUGCAGCAACAACACCACCAGCAGCAGCAACACCAGCAACAACAACAGCAGCAACAUCAGCUGCAACAGCACCAACAACAGUUGCAACACCAACAGCAGCAACAACAGCAACAGCACCUGCAUCAGCAACAACUGCAGCCACAUCAGCAGCAAAUGCAACACCAUCAGCAGCAACAACAGCAGCAGCAGCAGCAACAGCAUCAGCAACUGUUGCACGAAUCGCAGCAGCAGCAACAGCAGCAGCAGCAGCAAUACCAUCCGCAUCACCUGCAUCCGCACAGUCUGCCGCACCAGCAGCAGCAGCAGCAGCAACAGCAGCAACAACAGCAGCAGCAGCAACUGGCCGAGCAGCAGCUUCACGAUCCCGACGACGAGGAGGCGGAACAGGUGCGACUGCAGGAGCAGGUGCGUCGCAAACAGAACGCCCAGCUGAGCCUGGUGGAGUCCUUCCUCACCACCACCGCCCAGCGCCUGUCCGCCCAGCAGCAGGUGCAGCAAGUGGUGGCUGCCGCAGCGGCAGUCUCCGCCAUGGCCGGUGCCGGCGAAGAUCCCGCCAAGCUGGGCCACAUGAUGGGCCAUCACAUGGGUGUCGGACUGGAGGAGGAGGACGAAGAGGACGAGGACGACGACGACACUGGCGGUGGUGGAGGUGGCGGCGGUGGCGGUGGCGGUCAUCCAUCUGGUAGUGUCUCCCACCAACAGUCCCACCACCAUCCCUCCCACGUCCAUGCCCAUCACUCGCAUGUCCACUCCCAUGGCCACAGCCACGCCCACUCGCAUCCCCAUCACGCCCACGCCCAUUCCCAUGCCCACGGCCAUGCCCACUCGCAUUCGCACGCCCACACGCAUCCCCAUCAGCACGCCAGCGGCGGUCAGGGGGCGGGAGCCCAGCAGGAUUACCGUCAUGCGGCGGCCAUGAAUGUGGCGCUCGGCCAGAACCUGGUGGUCAGCAAGGGUAGCAAAAAGUGGAUCCAGGAGGUCCAGGAGGCCAGCCAGGAUGUCGGGGGUGGCGAGACGGGUGGCAGCGGUGGCAAUGGACCCUCCUCCGUUGGUGGCGUGGUGUCCUGCGGCCAGUUAUCGAGCGGAUCGGUGCCCGGAGCCGGAGAUCUCGGUUUUGCUGUUCCGCCCGUUGAUGAGCACAGCAAGUUACUUGGCCAGAAUCGUGACUUCCUGGCCCGGCUGAUGAGCAGCGCCAGUGCCAGCCACGCCCAUGCCCAUGCUCACGCCCACGCCCACGCCCAUGCCCACCAGCAGCAGCAGCAGCAGCACCAGCAACAACAACAGCAACAACACCAGCAGCAACAGCACCAGCACAGCACCCACAGCCGCGAGGAGGACGAGAACAGUUCCUUCUUGGAUGUGGUCGAGUCCAAUAAUAAUGCCGCAGCAGCCGCUGCUGCCGCCGCCGCCGCUGCAGCUGCAGCAGCAGCCAUGUCGCAAUACGGCGGCGGUGCAGGUGCAGGUGGAGGUGGCGGUGGUGGCGGUGGAGGUGCAGGAGGAGGUGGCGUCAGUGCCGGUGGCAGUGUCAGUGGCGGCGAUAACGGUGGCAGCGGUAGUGGCGGUCAGACACCCACUGGCCCGGCCACUGGAGGCACUGUCAGUGUCGGUGGUGGGGGCGAGGAGCCGCACGAACUCCAGAUGAACUCCCUGGCCCAUUCCCAGUCCUUUAUGAGCUCCUUCUACAACAAUGCCAGUGCCCGGGGUGUGGGCGUGGGCGUCGGAGUCGGUGUCGGUGGAGGAUCCUCGUCGGCCAGCAUGCUCGUGGAGGCGGCCUUGAACUCGGUGGGCAAUAUGAUUGACAGCGAGAGCAACGACCUCAAGGUACCCACCGACAACCACAUCAACAGCGACAGUCCCAUGAGCGCCCACGUGGAUCCCGAAUCCCAGCGUUUUGGAGCCGGCAGUGCUGGCGGCGGAGCAGGGGGCGGUGGAAGUGGCGGAGGUGGUGGUGGCUCAUCGGGCGGCUCGUCCGUCGGUGCCAAUGGACCCGGAAUCGGCGGCGCUAUGGACAACCUGGAGAACGAACUGAAGAUGAUGAAGAAUCUGGGCAGUUUCCCGAUGCAGAUCCCGCCCCUGCCCAUGUUCCAGGGGGCAUGCAACAUCUCGCCCAGCGCCUCGACGCCCACGAAUCCGCAGAGUAACCAGAACCAGAACGACGUGGACGUGGAUGCGGGCAGUACACCCCGGCCGCAGCAUCCGGACUCCGAUGGCUUCUCCUCCUCGCAUCACAGAACCCCGCCCUCGCCGCCGCCCAUAUCGCCGGGUCGGGAUUACGGCGGUAUGUUUGGCGGCAAUGGAGCGGGUCCUGGCUCGAACAGCACCCCGGCGGGCAGCUCCAGUGGCGGCGGUGGAGGCGGCGGCGGUGGUGGUGUCUCCGGUGGUGGAGCCAACAGCAUGUCCGCCUCAUCCCCACUUCCGGCAUUGCAGCCACAGCGCAGGAACGCUUCCAGCGUGGGCAGCACCUAUCCGGAGCACGAGCUCAUCUCGCCGGCCUCGUCGCCGAGCAUUCCGCGGUACAACUUCAACGGCGACAUGAUGCGCCACAAGCGGGCCGUGCAACAGGAGCAGGAGCAGCAGGAGCGCCAGCGGCAGAACAUCUCGCGGCACAACCAGAUGUCCAGUGACGAGGAGAACAGCAUCAUGCCCCAGAAUAGCGCCGGCCAGGACAUGCGCAUGAAGUUCCCCCAGUCGCAGAUCGACCUCAUGUACUCCAAGUACGAGAGCAUGGCCAGCAACCUGAAGUACAACAGCCAGGAGCUGGACUCCCCGGCCGAGUACCGCCAGUCGAGUGGCAACGGAUCGAGUGCUGCGGCAGCGGCGGCGGCAGCAGCAGCGGCCGCCAACGACCUAUCCGACCUGCAGGGCCUGGACAUGAGCUCCCGCUCGAAUGCGGCCAGCAGUAACUAUCAUCACAACUUCCAGCUGCCGAGCAGUCGGUAUCAUCAUCACAUCUACGACAUCCUGUCGGAUCGAGAGCAGCAGAGUCAGCAGUCGGCGCAGGCGCAGCAGCAGGCGGUGGCAGCAGCGGCGGCGGCGGGAGGUUCCGGCGGUGCCGGUGGCCCGGCAUCGGUGGUGGUGCACCAGCAGGAGCACGGCCACGGCCAGCACCAUGCCAUGCAGCAGCACCAGCAGUCGGCGGCCGCCAUGCACAAUAUGCUGAGCGAGCAGCUCGGCGAGCAGGAGCACGACCAGACCACCAGUGUGGACCUCAGCCGGACGGCCAACUAUGUGGUCUCAUCGCCGCCGCAGCUCCCCUACAAUCAUCCCUCGCACCACGACAUGCUCCGGAUGGCAUCCUUGGAUCUCACGCCCAAUACCGCCAACAUGGCGGCCGUGGGCGGCGGGAAUCGAUCCUUCCUCUCCUCCCAGAUGCAGCACCAGAGCCGUGAAAGCCUCGAACACCAUCGGCUACUCUCCACGGUGGAGCAACAUCGCAUCCUGGCCGCCUCCAAUGCCGCCGCCGAUCAGCAUCGCCUCCUCGUCGAUCCCACCGCCCAUCUCCUGAUGGAGCAGAACAAUCGACUCCUCGGCACCGCGGAUCAGUCCCGUCUCCUGGGUGAAUCGGCAGCAGCUGCGGCCCAGAACCGUCAUAUGGCCAGGAGCUUUGGGGCAUACCACCAGGUGGCAUCCAGUAAUUAUCAUCCGGGCGUUCGGCCUCCUCCAGUGCUGCCCUCCGCCAAUCAUCAUGCCUCCAAUCCUUCGAACUAUCAUCCCUUCCCCGCCUACUAUUAAGCCUAAGAGGGGGCGUGGCUUCCGGGGAGAGGAAGUCCCAGGGUCCGGGAAAAAAAAGUGCAAUUCGGGAAAUAGUUUAAUUCAAAAGCGCAACAAUAAGCUUAGUUCCUUUGAUUCCAAAAUAUUUCCCAAAAAUUCAAAUGUUUCAGGUUUCUUUUUAAAAUAAAAACAUUUUCAAAUCUACAAUUUUCAAAAAUUUUAAAAAAUGUCGAGCCUGUUAUUUUUGAAGAUUCAGAAAAUUUCAAAGUUUUCUUUUUAAACUUUUCAAACUUUCCAUUUUAUUCAAUUUUAUAUUUCAAAAUGUUUUUCAAAACAUUAUUCCUCUUCCAAAAUAUUUUAAAACAUUUAAAAAAUGUUUCAAAACUUGUAAACAUUUUCAAAAAUAUUUCAAACAUUUUUUUUUUACCAAAAAAAGCCUAAAUAAAAUACCAAAUUCAAAGCCUUAAAAGUAAAGAAUUCAAAACCCAACAAACUCAUCAUAAAACUGCCAAUUUCUGAAGUCAAAUUAAUAGAAAAUAAUAAAAUUUACAAUUUUCGUAAUUAAAAAAUAAACAACUAGUUCUGGCAAUAUUUAAAAAAAAAACACAUUCUUUAUUAUUUUAAUGAAACUUUCAUGAAAUUUCAACUAAAAAAAUAUCUAAAAAAUUUUUAAAAACUUCCUUCCUUCAAUUUCUACUCAACAUUUUUGAGACCUAAAACACUGAAAGAAAUUAUCCAAGUGUUAAAAACUAUAAACUUUGAAUUUUAAAAUGCGUGCCAAUACAAAGUUUGUUUUUGUUUCACAUUCGACGGCUGGUAAACCGAUUGGAAUUUGUACACAAUAAAAAUAUAAAAAAAAUAUGUAUAGUUGUAUAGGAAGCAUAAUUAUAAUAAAUAUAUAUGUGAAAAAUAAAAAAUAAAAAAAGAAGAAAAACAAUUUAUGAAAUGCGAUAGAAACGAUAAAAAAAAAUUAAUAAAUAAAUAAGCCAGAUGCAAGAAUUUUUUUAAAGAGCAACAAUUUGCCGCUGAGUUUGUAUAGAAAAUAAAAAAUAAAUAUAAAGAUAAUGAUAAUAAUAUUUUUACACUGAGAGAAAAAAAAAAGAGAGAGAGGAAUAUAACGAGUACAAAGUGUUAGAAGAGGAAGGAAAUUCCAGGAUUUGGCGCUCCCCCCUGCAGCUCCUCUGAAAAUGCAAACUCAGCGAUUUGAUGGCAAAAAAAAAUAUUUAAAAAAUAAAGGACAUGUUACACAACAUAUAUAUAUAAAAAAAAAUAUAUAUAUAUAUAAUGUAAAUCAGAUAUAGAAGUACACGACCGAUCAGGAACUUAGCUCAAGCAUAAUAACACUGAAAAAAAAAAAUGAACGGAAUGAGUUGAAAAACGGAUUUUUUUUGUCAAACUACACUUUUUUUUUGUA